AUGUCUGCUAAACCUGUUCAAGAAGUUGUAAAAAAGGUUAAACCUCUUUUAUCUCUUGAUAAUGUCGAAGCUCGAAGAAGAGUUAUUAUGUUGUAUAAAGCAUGGUAUCGUGCAGCUCCUGAAAUAGCUGUGACAUUUAGAUUGCCUAUAAGUUUUGAGCAAGUUAGGAAAAAAAUCAAAGAAGAAUUUAUGAAAAAUAAAAAUGUGACAGACGUGCGAGUUAUUGAUUUAUUAGUUAUCAAGGGGCAAAUGGAAUUAAAAGAAACUGUCAAAAUAUGGAAACAAACAAAUCAUGUUAUGUAUUAUAUGAAAGAUACUAAUCUACCAAAACCUACUAAUUUCAUUUCUAAAUUUCUACAAGGUUCUGAUUAA